AUGCACAACAUAGGCCAUAAAUAUUCAUACGCACCGUAAAGAAAACGUUUGAAAUGAAUAUCCUGUGAACUGGCCAGUAGGGAGCCUCCAGAUGAGGAGUAGGAGGAGGAGCCUCCAGAUGAGGAGUGGGAGGAGCCUCCAGAUGAGGAGUUGGAGGAGGAGCCUCCAGAUGAGGAGUGGGAGGAGCCUCCAGAUGAGGAGUUGGAGGAGCCUCCACAUCAGGAGUAGGAGGAGCCUCCAGAUGAGGAGUAGGAGGAGCCUCCAGAUGAGGAGUAGGAGGAGGAGCCUCCAGAUGAGGAGUAGGAGGAGGAGCCUCCAGAUGAGGAGAAGGAGGAGCCUCCAGAUGAGGAGUAGGAGGAGGAGCCUCCAGAUGAGGAGUAGGAGGAGCCUCCAGAUGAGGAGUAGGAGGAGCCUCCAAAUGAGGAGUAGGAGGAGCCUCCAGAUGAGGAGUAGGAGGAGCCUCCAGAUGAGGAGUAGGAGGAGCCUAAAUAUGAGGAGUAGGAGGAGCUGCACCGUGGCACCAGGAGGUCACUGAGGUCUGGACGUCCUGCUGGAGGAGGAGGUUAUUAUUGUGACCACACAGUCGCACACGCCCACAGACACACACUUCCUCCAGUGGAAUGUGUAGUAACUGGUUGAGCACUGUAGUACAGAUGGCCAGCAGUACCCAGACAAAAGUUGCUCUAUUUUCAAACUAUUGUGAUACUGUGUGUGUGUGCGUGUGUGCGUGUGCGUGUGCGUGUGCGUGUGCGUUUGCGUGUGUCACAAACACCCUGCAUUCUUUGGGUUUCUAUGUUUUGGCCAUUCAUUAUGACAAUCAUUUCCCACCAUCAGCCCCAACCAGUCAUACAGGUUGUGGGCGUCGCAGAGACACACAAUCCAGGUGAGAGAGAGACACUCCAGGUGAGAGAGAGACACUCCAGGUGAGAGAGAGAGACACGCUCCAGGUGAGAGAGAGAGACACUCCAGGUGAGAGAGAGAGACACACUCCAGGUGAGAGAGAGAGACACGCUCCAGGUGAGAGAGAGAGACACUCCAGAUGAGAGAGAGACACACAGAAAGAGGUGGAGAGAGAGAGGCGUACACACACACGCAGUGAAAAAAAAAGAGAGAACGUGAUUGACGGGGAGAGAGAGGGGAAGCCAGAGUUAGAGCGAGUGAGAUAAAGGUAGAGAGAGAGAGAGAGAGAGAGAGAGAGAGAGAGAGAUCAAAAAAGGGGAAACAGGAACAAGCAGGUAAACGUUCCAAAGUUCACCUGGUCCCGCCCCGAGCCAGCACACCUGAGGCGAGGUGUGGGUGAGGCGGGGCUGAGGAGUGAGUGAGCUGUUGGCCGGGUACGUCUCACACGGCGGUUGGAUCGUCUCCAUGGAACACCCGUUUGUCGCCCUGAGGACCUGUGUGCAGCCGGCAGCAGACCCACGAGGACUUAACGUGGAGUACCUCCCCCUCCUGAAGCACACAGACCCAGAGACCGGCGCCGGGUCUGGACCGGGACCAGCGCUGAGAGGAUGAGGUUCCUGAGGAGCCUCCUCUGUGUGCUGUGGUGCUACGGUUCCCGCGGUGACGGCAGCCCUGCCGUCGGUGACGGCAGCCCUGCCGUCGGUGACAAGAUGCCCUACUUUGUCUCUAGAAACUUCUACAACGUGCUGCACUGGAACCAUACGGAGGAGGACGAAGGGCUGCUUUACUCCGUCAGGACCCGGAGCACGGUGGACGGGGCGCCGCUGCUGCGCAAGAGCGGCUGUCAGAACAUCAGCGCCCGGUCAUGUGACCUGACGGCGGACACGCCCCCGCUGCCCGGUGUGGAGUACCACGCCCUGCUGUACGCCAACGGGCGCUUCCUGGAGAAGAGCGUCCGCUUCAACCCCGUCGCCGACACGGUUCUGGGGCCCCCCCUGCUGUCCCUGAGGGUCUCUGGCUCCUCCCUCCACCUGAAUGUGACCCUUCCCCCGGGGCCCGGGGGCGUGGCCCUCCAGGACCUGCUGAAGGGCAGCCGGACCCGCAGCACAACGGACCCCGUGGUGGGGUACACCCUGACGGUCACCCACCCCGACUGGGCUGCCCUGGUCAACGACAGCCUCACGGGGCGCUACGUGGUGCAGCUGAAGAACAACGACACGCGGUACUGCGGCCACGUGGUGUACAAACCCAACUUCCUGUUCGGACGGCCGCCCAGCGACCCCAAGACCUUCUGCGUCCGCAUGCCAAGAGGUCGAUGGGCGGAGGUGCCCUGGGUCCUCCUGGCAGGGGGUCUAGUCCUGGUCCUGGGGUCCUGACCUCCCUCCUGGUCUACCUCUACACCCACCCCCGGAAGAAGCCCCGCCUACCUUCCUCCAUGGGGUCCUGGGGCCCCCCCCCUGGCCCAGACUCCUGGCCCCCUCCGACCUGGUCUGCUCCGUCCCGGAGGUCGGGCCCUGUGCACCCCGACCGGUCCCCCCCUGCUGGCCGCGACCCCCCCGGGGGGGUACUCCCCCCAGGGGGACCCCUGUGAGGACGACG